AUGGAAAAUUGUUGGGAACAGCUUGGAGAAGACACUGUAUUGGAAUUUUCUGAAUGGAUGAGAAGAUAUUUUUUGGAUUCAACAUUUCUUCUGUCCACUAGUAUACAAAAGCACUCAAUUACCAAUUAUUAUAAUAGUUUAUCGAUAGAUAAAAAGAAUACCACCGUAAUUGAAGGUGCUUUUAAGGAAACUGAAACUUUUUUAAAAGCUCUGGAAGACGUUACCAUGUGUCUCGUGUAUUUUAUGAUAGUUCCAAAGUUUGUUAGAAACUUUCCUGGAAUUAGAUGGUAUAGCCAGAGAUUAAAAAAUCAGCUAAAUUGGAUGAGGAAUAGUGUUUGUAAUAUUGCAAAGGCAAGAAGAGAAGAGAUUGAAAAAACACCCGAAGAUCAAGAAUUAACCAAAGAUAUGUUAACAAUGUUUUUAACGAUAAAUACGUCACGCGAUAUUACUGAAAGAAUCGCGGAUAGCUUACACGAUAAACCAAUGACCGACGAUAAAACUAUCAUAAACUUUGUUGAAAUUAUGGCAGGUGGGAUUGGUACAUCGACGCAGAGCAUUUGCUUCCUAAUUCACUAUCUGUCCAAUUAUCCAAGGGUUAAGGAAAAAUUGGUGGAGGAGUUUGAUAGAGUCCUGGGGAAAGAUCCUGACUAUAAAAUUACUUACGAAGACAUGUCGAAACUUGAAUACUGUGAUGCAGUAAUCAACGAAUGUGCGCGAAUAUUUACCAUUGUUCCCGCAAUACCUAGAAUUAAUUCCAAUCCUGAUGAGCUCGGUGGUUUUAAAUUUCCUGCAAAAACGCAAUUUAUUUUAAAUAUACAAGGCGUUCACAAACAUAAGUCCUUAUGGGAAAACCCAGAGGAAUUUAUUCCUGAGAGAUUUAUGGAAAAAGAUGAUAAAAGUAUCAAAGGUUUCCUUUAUAACUUUGGUGGUGGACUGAGAAAGUGUCCCGGAAGAAUCUUGGCAAUGAUGGAAAUAAAAUUUACUUUAGCAAUGCUGUACAGAAAGUACGAUGUUGAGCUGGUGAAUAUGAAUGCGCCGAUAAAGACUUACGUCACCACCUUUCGGGUUUGCAAAGAAUUAAAACUCCGAAUUAAGAAAAGAAAGAUUUAG